AUGCUGCCCUUAAUUCCGCCGGCGCGGCCAUUUCGCCACCGCCUGCGCCUUUCGCCGCCGCGGCCUGCUUGCCGCCGCCGCCCCCAAUUUUGCCACCGCGGCCCUUCCGCCACCACCAGCGCCCCUCGUCGCCGCGACCUGCACGCCACCGCCGCCCCCGCCUCCGCCGCCGCGGCUCUUACGCCGCCGCCUGCGCCUCUCGUCGCCGCGGCCUGCUCGCCGCCGACGCCCCCAGUUUCACCGCCACGGCCCUUCCACCGCCGCCUGCGCCUCUCAUCGUCGCGGCCCGCUCGCCACCGGCGCCCUCAAUUUCGCCGCCGCGGCCCUUCCGCCGCCGCGUGCGCCCUUCGUCAUCGCGACCUGCGUGUCACCGCCGCCCUCGGUUCCGCCGCAGCGGCCCUUACUCCGCCGCAUGCGCCUCUCGUCACCGACGACGCCCCCAGUUCCGCCGCCGCAGCCCUUCCGCCGUCGCCAGCGCCCUUCGUCGCCGCGACCUCCACGCCGCCGCCUCCUUCGAUUCUGCCGCCCCGGCCCUUCCGCCGCCGCCUGCGCCUCUCGUCGCCGCGGCCAGCUCGCCGUCGACGCCCCCAAUCCCGUCGCCGCGGCCCCUUCCCCACCGUCGCCCGCGCCUCUCGUCGCCGUGGCCUGCUCGCCGUCGCCGCCCCUGACUUCAACGCCGCGGCCCGUUACGCUGCCGCCUGCGCCUCGCGUCGCCACGGCCUGCUCCCCGCCGACGCCCCCAAUCCCGCCGCCGCGGCCCCUUACGCUACCGCCUGCGCCUCCCAUCGCCGCGACCUGCUCGCCGCCGCCGCCCCCGACUUCGCCACCGCGGCGCCUUCUGCCGUCGCCUGCGCCUUCAUUACCGCGGCCUGCAAACCGCAGCUGCCGCCCCCGAUUUCGCCGCCGCUGCUUUCCCCUCCACGUCGCCUGCGCCCUCAUUGCCGCGGCCUUCGCACCACCGCCUCCCCUUCCCGCCGCCGCACGUUCGCGCAUCCGCCUGCGCCCUUGUCACUGCGGCCGCUACGCCGCCACCACUCUGCACCUCGCCGUCGACACCUGCACGUCGCCGCUCCCUGCGCCUUGAAUGCCGCCGCCUUCCAACCGCCCUGCAACUCGCUGCGGACCGAUCGGCCAUUUACUGGCAUUCCUUUGUCGGCAGCAUUCGCCGCGUCCUCUAGGACGCCUUCGUUUUGCCCUACUGCGUCCUUGACGUGCUCCUUCGACCCUAACCUGGAGAUAGCCGCUACCAACGAGCUUCAAGCUGCCGCCGACGCCACCUUCCUCCACCGUCGCCGCGAAUUCCUCAUCCGCUGUGCACAACUACGAGUUCGCGUUGAGGUCGCCGAUCGCCUUGCGGCUCGUCAGGCUGCCCUCCCCAAGCCCCUGCAGAUUCACCGUCUGCUCUUCAACCUCACACCGGAUUACGAGUCCCGUCUGCACGCCUUCACCGAGGCAAACCCCAUGGCUGGCCUCAACGAGGUGGUUCAGUGGAUCACUGACACGGAGGUCGUCGCAACGGCGGCGGAGGUGGUCGCAACGGCGGCUGAGGUGGUCCUGGAGGGGGCGGAGGUGGUGGUGGUGGUCGGGGCGGUGGUGGUGGUGGUGGCCAUGGUGGCCGUGGUGGAGGUGGUGGUGGUGGUGCUGGUGGUACCACUACUGGUGCUUCCUCUGGUGCCGGUGGUGCUGUGA